AUGCUCCCUUUGGCAUAUGCGCACAACGGCCCGUGGCCUUCGAUCAUUGAGAGAUGCAAGGCUGCCCAGCAGCAUCAGUACCGAAGCAGCCGCGCUAGGACCGUUACCGAGGACCUGGGACACGCGCAUAGCGCAUCCGACUCCGGUACACGGCGCUGCUGACAUGGACGAACAAAAGGAGUCCCUCCGGAAGAUCGUCACUACGUUGGCGCUCAAGAACGAGGAGAUCCAGAAUUUCAUCUGCUGCUUGAAACAGAGUCUGCAGAACCUGGAGGCAAAUUCUGUCCGUGUUCAGGAGGAUCUAGAGAGUGAGUUCAGCUCGCUGCAUGCUGUUUUGGAGGAGCUGAAGGACGGCAUGGUGACUCGGAUCAAACAGGAGAGGGCCAGCCGCACCUAUGAACUCCAAAAUCAGCUGAGUGCAUGCGCCAAAGCCCUGGAGAGCUCAGAGGAACUGCUGGAACUGGCGAAUCAGACUCUCUGUUCAUCUGAGACGGAUGGCUUCACUCAGGCAGCCAAAGACAUAAAGGACAGUGUUACCAUGGCUCCUGCCUUUCGCCUGUCUUUAAAGGCUAAGGCCAGUGACAGUAUGAGUCAUCUGAUGGUGGAUUUCACUCAAGAGCGAGAGAUGCUACGGUCCAUCAAAUUCCUCCCGGUUCCUGCCACACCUGAGAUUCAGCCGUCCGAGUGUCAGGUGUGUGAUAAUUCAGUCUUGGUGGCGUGGUCCUUGCCGGAACCAGACUCCAAAAUCGACCACUAUGACCUGGAGUACCGGCGGACCAACCAUGAGGGUCCGCCCCGCGCCCGGGAGGACUACCCCUGGAUGGUGGUGGAGGGCAUCAGAGAGACGGAGUACACACUCACAGGCCUUCGUUUCGACACACGCUACAUGACCUUUCGGGUGAAGGCAUGUAACAAGGCUGUAGCGGGGGAAUUCUCAGAACCAGUUACUCUGGAAACGCAUGCUUUUGUCUUCAAGCUGGAUGCAGCCUCGUCCCACCAGAACCUGAAAGUGGAAGACAUGAGUGUGGAGUGGGACAGCAGCGGUGGGAAGACUGCCGCGCUCCAGGACAUCCGCAAGGAAAAGACGCGGACCAGCUCCCCCAUGCACUCUCCUGCCAGGACGGCUGUAAUGUCUCCUAAGAGAGCGCCAUCAGCCCGGGUGGGACGUGACCGCUUCACGGCAGAGUCCUACACCGUGUUGGGUGACACCAUGAUAGACGCGGGCCAGCACUACUGGGAGGUCCGUUUCGAUAAGGACAGCAAGACGUUUGCUGUGGGCGUGGCCCUGCGCUCCCUGGGCCGAUUUGACCAGCUGGGCAAGACCAGCACAUCCUGGUGCGUCCACCUCAACAACUGGCUGCAGCAGAGCCUGACGGCCAAGCACAACAACCGGGCGCGCAUGCUGGACUGCGCCGUGCCUGACCGCAUCGGCGUCUACUGCAACUACGAGGAGGGCACUUUGUGUUUCUACAAUGCCCGAAGCAAAGCGCUCAUGCACACGUUCCGGACCAAGUUCCAGCAGCCGGUUAUACCAGCGUUUAUGGUGAGAGGCAGCAGGAUGUGUGUGGAACGGGAGUUUUUCGGUGCAGACGGGACUUCAGGUGCCCAGCGUCGUGCAGUGUGGACAGAAGAGGAACAGCAACACCAGCAGCUCCAACGCUAGCCUCACCUAGACCUCCAUCCACCCCACCCACGCCAUAGAGGUGUAGCCCGUGACCCUCUGUGGCCAGACCAGAACUGGAUCCGCUCAUCUCCACCUCCAUCCUCGAGACAGAGAGCUAUGGCACCUUCCUGGCCUCCUUCCCCUCUGCUUCCUGUGCCUUUAGCGUUCUGACUAGCCAUGGACACACGCGCCUCAUAAUCAGCAUAGCGGAUGUUGUUUUAAGUUGCGUAGUCGAGUCGCUCUCAUUACCAAAGCUUAACGUCACCAAACAUUCUCUUCCAAGGCUGAGCUUUUUCUUUCUUUCACUCCAGCUUACAAUAAAGUGGAAUUAUUGAAGUUCGUCGCUAGCAUGUGCUGAUUUUCGCGCACCUGAUAAAAGUGUUAGCUGUAGCAGUGUGUGUGUGUGUGUCGGGGCGGGGAACAGGUGAUGUACGUUUCCAAUGCACCCUCUCCUGUAAGCAGAGCUCCUUUCCGUACUCCUCUGCAGGUCAUUAUGGGAUGUCUUCUUCAUUCAAUUGGCGUGGCGCUAUGGUUGGCUGUCCUGCUCAGAAGAUGGUGAGGUGUUAAGGACCCACAACACACCAGCCUUUAGACUCCUGACACGAGUCACACCGCAGUGUGUCCAUAUUCCCCUGUACACAAUAAAUCACUUGAACUUUC